AAAUAGUUGUGCUGUUGUUGCAGUCCGUUAAUGCAACAGAACUGGAAUAAGGCUUUAAUUUUUCCUUGCGUUUUUAAUGUUUUGUUAUCAUGAAGUAGCAUCCUUUUUAGUGGAACAAUGUGUUGAGAAACAAAUUUGUUGUUGUGUUGCUCCAUAAAAGAGAAUGGCCCAGUUACACUGUUAUCAGACUUUUCAGACAAACAAUUUCGCAUUUAUCACUUGUCAUCGUGACAUUGUCUUGCUAUUAUCGUCAUCUCUGUGACGUGGGACAUUGUGUGAAGGGAGGUCUUGUAUAAUCUUCAAGUGUAGUACAGAUCAACACCAUGCCCCACUGAGGUUUUCCUCUGGCCUCAGAGAAUAGUUGGUUUUUAUAGUCAUCUCCCAGAAUCAUCUUCUUCAAAGAACCGUGUUUCCUUAUAUUUUGUUGGAGGACUUCCUUCAGGAAUGAGAGGAGCUUUGUCUCCAUAAAGUUUCUCUUUUCCUUAUUCAUUAAUUGCUCAUGUUUCAGAAUAGUUUUGUAGCCAGAAAAAUGAUUUAAAUAUUGAUGCAAGACAUUUUCUUGACAUAAAAAUACAGCUGUCUUUCCGACUAUUCCUAUGGAUUACAAAAUCAUUUUGGUUUUGUCAAUGUGACGAUGCAGUUUGUGGCGUCAUGUGUUUCAAAUCAGCUUCCAGAAGCAGAUGUUCCGGUAAAUGUCAAAUUUCACGGAGCGCAACACUGCGCUCCUUUAUAAUCAUAAUAUAAUCAUUCUAUAGUUACUCAAGAUUCAUGAAGCUGAAUAUUCACAUCAAAUAUGGACACGUGCUUUCAUCCUCUGGACUUCCUUAUGCUGACAAGAGGGAUCGGAUGAGUCAGGUUUAUUUUGCACAUAAAAAUGAUAAAUGACAGGGUUGAUGACAAUGAGCUGAGUCUCUUGUCUACUGAGUUUCCUCGAAAAAGUGCCUUUAGCUAAGGCUAGAUUUGGGCGGAAUGCUGCAGGAACGAUCAGUUGUUGUUUAACUUGUCACACCAGUGUUUGGGAGGAAAGCCGUUCUCAGAGUGGGUGUGUUCUGCUGGGCUGAGUGGGCGGGAGCUGAGGCCAGCCUUCAGAUAAGUGGCGGUGCUGUAAUCCAGCAGCAGAAUGCUGCAGGACGGUUUAGUGUUAAGUCUUCCAUCCGACAAAUAUAGUCCUGCGCCAGCGUCAACCUUCAAAGGUUCCUCAGCCGACUAAAAUGUGCGACACUUGAAGAGGUUGUCAGCUGGAUCGAUCCACCUGAGCUCACCGUCAAUCAUGAAAUUCAAUGUGAUGCAGCAGGUUCCUGGAAACCCUAAUGAGAACAAAGUCUGGAAAUGGCACAUCCAGGACCCGGCCAGCCAAAGACUAACAUGGAACAAGCCUCCAAAAAGUGUCCUUGUCAUCAAGAAGAUCCGAGAAGCUGCUCUGCUGGAGCCUUUCAAAGAGCUCUGCAUAUUUCUCACCGAGGUCAAAAACAUGAUUGUUUACGUGGAGAAGAAGGUUCUGGACGACCCUGCAAUGUCUGCUGAUGAUAACUUUGCGGCCAUUACGAAAAAGUUUUGCACCUUCAGAGAAGAUCUGGAUGACAUCUCCAAUCGUGUCGACUUCAUCAUCUGCCUUGGUGGCGACGGCACCUUGCUGUACGCCUCUUCACUUUUCCAGGACAGCGUACCUCCAGUCAUGGCCUUUCACCUGGGCUCGCUUGGCUUCCUCACCCCUUUCAGUUUCGACACCUACCAGUCUCAGGUUACUCAAGUUAUUGAAGGUAACGCUGGCAUCAUCCUGCGCAGCCGCCUCAAGGUCCGAGUGCAGAAGGAGAACUGGGAGAAGAAGCCUCGGGUGGAUGAGAAGGGAAUCAUCAUGACCAACGGAGACAUUGAGAGUCACAAAGCUAUCAACUACCAGGUGCUGAACGAGGUGGUGGUGGACAGAGGCCCCUCGUCGUACCUCUCGAAUGUGGACCUGUUCCUGGACGGUCAUCUCAUCACUACUGUGCAGGGAGACGGUGUGAUUGUGUCUACGCCGACGGGAAGCACAGCGUACGCAGUCGCCGCCGGAGCUUCCAUGAUCCAUCCCAACGUUCCCGCCAUCAUGAUCACUCCCAUCUGCCCACACUCGCUGUCCUUCAGACCCAUCGUGGUCCCUGCUGGAGUGGAGCUCCGGAUCAUGCUCUCCUGUGAUGCCAGGAACACCGCCUGGGUGUCGUUUGACGGCCGAGGACGACAGGAGAUCUCCCAUGGAGACAGCAUCACCAUCACCACUUCCUGCUUCCCCGUUCCUUCCAUCUGUUUACGGGACCCGGUCAACGACUGGUUCGAGAGCCUGGCCCGCUGUUUACACUGGAACGUGAGGAAAAAGCAGAACUGCAUGAGCUCCGAGGACGACGACUUCUGAGUCCCUCGAUGCCACUUCCGUGCCAUUCUGUCUGCAAUGUCAGUGGAGUGUUUCGUUUUUAGCGGUGUUGGCUGCGUCACAUGACACUGCCGAGAGUGUCAUGACUCAUUUUAGAAUCUCUGUCGACAUGAAAUGAAACUACACAGAGAUUUUUAUCAGCUCAAAAAAAGUCUGAAAUCGAUCAGACGGGAGCAGAACCUCGGACCAUCAAAAAGACGCUCUACUUAAGAUCAUUUAAGUACAACUGGGACUGUGAGUGCGUGUUUAAGUGAUCACUCGCGUCACCGAACCCUCCUCUUGACUGUCAAGCCGACACCUGUAAUUUAAGGAAUCCAGAUUGACUGUCGUCGCUGUUGUGCGUCUCUCAUUUGAGCCACGACUCUCUCAGGAACCCUCAGGCCAUGUCUUAUCACCGCAGCAUCCCAAACCAGAGCAGAAGUAGCAGGCGGGGAUGAAGGCUAGGAUUAGAUCUCCACAGGUCACUUCUGAGUCACGUACCGUCCGUGAUGUCACUGAAGAAGCUGCCGAAACGCCCGCUCCCCCGAAAGUACAUUUUAUACCCAAGACUCAGAACGCUGUGUUCUCAUAGUUGACUAGUGUAAAUGUCGGUGUAUAUAAGAGUUUUGUUAUUUGGUAACAAGAUUUAUGUGGACAAGCGUGACUAAGAAAGAAACUGCCAGCCUUUUUAUAUCAUGAAACAGGCGUAUUUAUGACCUUAAAAACAGCUUUGUUGCACUACACUCGAGAAAUAUUAUAAAGUUGAAUCAUGCUUUAAAGGAGGGAACGUCUGUCAGGUCAAACUUUAAAUUUGGAUGUUCACGGAGCACAAAGAUGAGAAGGAACAGCUGAACUCAAGUCUCUUCUCGGUGGCGGGAAUGUCUCUUUUUUCAGUUUCAGAUGCACUUUAAUCUGAGAAUAAUGGUUGAUUCAGACACUCGUGCCUUAGUCUCUGCAUCUAUCCGGAAGGAGACGUUUACAUCAUGAAAUUUGAAACCAGAUUCCCGAGCUUCAUCAGUCUGUUUUUUUGGCAGGAGACUUCUGGAAGCCAUAGUUGUAGUUUUGUAUCAAACUUUCUGUCCUUGUGUAAAUAUUAUGAAUCGCUGAAAAUGGACCAACAUCUCGAAACAAUCAUUCCUCCGAAUCUGUUUUUGUAAGAUAUGUCUCAGAACCAGUUUACCAAUAAACUGUUUGCUACUUUUUUUUUUCACAAACUU